AUAGCCCAAGCUUAGGCGAAGGUUUGGUAAGGAAAGGAAUGUUAAUAUUUGAACUAUAAAUAAUGUGCGUAUUGUACUUGAACGCAUUCACAACUCAAACACUACAGCGUGUGUUAGUUGGUGAACUCCUCAGUUAGUAACUACAAGAAGUCAAUCAUGAAGUUCACGGCUCUGUUCACGGUGGUGAUGGCGGUGCUCGCCAUGUUCUUCGGAGCUGGCCACGCCAACCCUGCACCUAAAGUCCCUAUCAAGCAAAUCGGCAAAGCUAUUAAAACUGGUUUAGGUGUCCUUGGAGCGGCAGGCACAGCCCACGAAGUGUACACCAACAUCAAGAAUCGAGGAUAAAAUAAUAUAAUAUAAUACUGUUCUUCAAUAUUUUUAACUAUUUAUAAUUUAAUGAUAAUUAAAUUCUUUCC